GCAGUAAGUGCUGUGAAUGAAGCCGAGCGACUCCCCGCCGUUCACACUCCGCGCAAGCGCGGGGAUCUGCGCACGCAUAAAUACGUCCACACGAGGAGCAAGCGUCAGUCAAUUUUGAAGCGCCACAUGUGGCGCUCGUCUGCAACUGUAUUGUAUCACUCGAAAUACUACGUACGCAUCGCGCGCGACUUUCAAGGACUCUAAACAAGGAUCUAGAAAUCUACGAAAAUGUCUGACACCGCACAUGGAAAGGUGGAAGAUAAUCCCAAAAUUCUGUCGGGACCCGUCUUGACUAAUUCGCCGAACGCGGUGCUCUCCAAGACCCUGCUGAGCAGGUACAAUGACCUGCCACUGCCGGCCGACAAAAUCCUCGCCACCUAUAUCUGGAUCGACGGCAGCGGCGAGCAUAUGAGAUGCAAGGACCGCACGCUCAACUUCAUCCCUAAGCAGCCUAAAGAUCUUCCUGUAUGGAACUUCGACGGCAGCUCCACUGGACAGGCGGACGGCCACAACUCGGACACAUUCCUAGUACCCCGCGCCCUAUACAAGGACCCGUUCCGUCGCGGAAACCAUCUGCUUGUAAUGUGCGACACCUUCAAGUAUAACAUGGAGCCUACUGAGACCAAUCACCGGGUCAAGUGCCAGGAGGCAUACGACAAGUGCAAGGACGAAGAGCCCUGGUUCGGUAUCGAGCAGGAGUACAUUUUGCUCGACUCGGACCUCAGGCCCUUUGGUUGGCCGCCAGGCGGUUUCCCACCACCACAGGGCCCUUACUACUGCGGCGUUGGCGCAAACAAGGUCUUCGCCAGGGAUUUAGUUGAAGCUCACUACAGAUGUUGUCUUUACGCCGGAGUACCAAUAUGCGGCACCAACGCGGAGGUGAUGCCCUCUCAGUGGGAGUUCCAAGUGGGGCCGUCGGUGGGAGUCACAGCCGCCGACGAUCUGUGGAUGGCGCGGUACAUUCUGCACAGGCUGGCCGAGGAGUACGGGGUCAUCGUCACCUUCGAUCCUAAGCCGGUUCAAGACUGGAACGGUUCCGGUGCUCACACCAACUUCUCUACGAAGAAGAUGAGGGAGGAGAACGGUAUUAUUGAAAUCGAAAAGGCCAUAGACAAGCUGUCGAAGGUGCACAUGAAGCACAUCAAGGUGUAUGACCCGCGUGGGGGUAAAGACAACGAACGAAGACUCACCGGCCUUCAUGAAACUGCCAGUAUUAACGACUUCAGUGCCGGUGUCGCCAACCGCGGUAGCAGCAUAAGAAUACCGCGCGCCGUCGCGGAGGAGAAAAAGGGCUACCUGGAAGACAGGCGACCGGCUUCGAACUGCGACCCAUACGCAGUCGUCGACGCUCUGAUGCGCACUUGCAUACUCAAUGAAUAACACCUUCACGCUGCGUGCCAGCUAACGAGCAACUGCGCUCAACUGACACUUCGAAGCUAAUAUUGCCAGACGUAGAAAUCAAAAUUCACCGCAACCAUGAAAUUAGUCGGUUAUUUUAGAUGAUACAAUUUAUACAUUAAUCAUCUUGAUUGUUCUUUUUUGUAGGAUAUAGCUGAAUUUUAAAUAGCAGGAAUACGCUGUGGCUGUGGAUUUAAUUUAUUAACGUCGCUUAGUAUCUAUAUAUUUUUGUUACGAAUGAUGCUGAAAUAUGCUGUUUUAUAAUCUUGAAGCAGGGACUUGUCAAUUUUUGUCUUAACGGAUAUAUCCAAAUGAAGUUUUUCAAUAAGCUUUUACAUAUAAACAAACAAUUGUGAUAUGAAUGUUUACAGUCGUAAUGUCGAAUAAGUAUGUAGAAAUAUGAAUGUAUUCGUAUUUAUCCGACUUCAAUAAAGCUGUUACUUUUGCCCUGCUGUUAAGUUGAAGCAUUUAAACUAGCGUUCAGAAAUAAUGUAAUAAAGUUUUAACCUCUUACAAUUAAAAAUCCACUGGUCUUCCAAACAGACGAAGUGUAAAAAUGGCAGUGUUAACAUAAAAAUAUAGAACAGUUUUGCUUAGAGUCUAGUUUAAACAAUGUGUAGAAUUUACUUCGAUAAAACCAAUCCGGUAAUUUUUUAUUUGUCUGCAUUUUUUGGACGUUUAGGCAACGUUUGUUGCUCUUGCAAUGUAGAAAUACAAUAAUCACGACGAUUUUCUUUAUGCAUACACAGUCUGUUGUUUGAUAUUAAUAAAGACACUCCCAUUUUAUCUCCUCGUGUAAGCACAAAGGUAAAUCAACAAAUAUCAAAACAAAAUGUCGCAACGCUGGCACGUAUUAGAGUUAAUGUGUUAUAAUGGACCACAUAAGAUAUUUUAAAAUAUUAAUAUAAUAGAUGAAUAUUUUUACGAAUAUUAUGUGAUAUUUAAAAAAUUAAUUGUUACUUUUGAUGUUUAAAUAGUUUACGUAUAAACGAAAUAACCACAUAUCAUUAUUUCUAACAUAUUAUUUUAUAACCUAGAUGAGAAGUUAGUCGAGUAUUUAACAUGGAGAAACACAAUAGCUUUUAGUUGACGUCGACUACUAACAGAUUAUAUUCAAAUUUCAUGCAACAUGAUUAGAACCUAAUUGUCACAAAAACGUAGCGUACUUUAUAAGGUUUACGACGUUCACGAUCUACUUAUAAUGUAGAAUGAAUUAAAGCGCCUUUAUUGAAAUUGUAGCACUUAUAAAUUAUUGUAACGGUAACACCAGAUUAUAUUAAGCACAAAACGAAUAAAAGUUAGAUAAGUUACACAUUUGUUUUGAAAUCGUUCUGAUUUAUUUAGCAUGUGUCGGACAUUAAGGUGACGAAUAUUUAAUAUUGUAUAUGAAACAUGUUAUUAUAAAAUGUUUAAAAAAAAUAAAAGAUACUUUAUUGUAUUU